UGAAAGAAGAACAAGAAGCAAAAUAUUUGAUAAAAAUAUUCUUUAAACUGUUUAAAAAUUUGUGGGGGAAAAUUCAAUUCAAACUCAAUGGGUGGCGGCGACUUGAAUCAAAAGAAAUCAUGGCAUCCACACACAUUGAAGAACCAGGAAAAGGUAUGGAAAGCCGAGCAAGCAAAAUGUGAAGAGGAGAAAAAAGUCGAUGAUUUGCGUAAGGAGAUUCAAAAAGAGAGAAAUCGAGAAGAAUUAACGCGUUUAAGUCGAGAAAAUGGCUUGCUAUCGACGGUUAACGAUUCAGAUAAAAAGUUGGAGUGGAUGUAUAAAAAUAAUAAUGAGUUAAUUAAUAGGGAGGAAUAUCUUUUGGGCCGAGCGGUAGACAAAUCAUUUGAAACGUUGCUAGCUGAAGAAAAGCUGCAACAGACGCAGAACAUGGUUGGAUUAAAGCAGCCAUUGAAUCACGUCGAACACGACGUCGUACCUUUCUCGAUAAGAUCAUACAAAAAUCUGGAAUCAACGGAACAGGUAGAUUUGCAGCGUAAAGUUAUGGAAGAUCCUUUAAUGCUAAUCAAGCAGCGUGAAUUGGAGUCCAGACGUAAGAUAUUAGAAAAUCCGGUAAAGCUUAAAGAACUGCAUAAAAUGUUAAAAGGCGACAACAAUUUGCAAAAGGUUUCCAAAAAAAGUAAGAAAUCAAAAAAGGCGAAGCGCAAAAGAAGCAAACAUGCAGACGUUGAUAGCGAUUCAGAUUUGGAUAAUAAAUUGGCAAAGAAAUUAAGAAAUGGUUUGCUUGGAAAAGAUAAUGACCUAGCGAAACUUUUAGAUUCCAAAUUUGAAACAAUUUCGAAAGAGUUAGACAGAGCCGCAGAAAAAUCAAAGUUGCAUAUGAAAAAGAAGAAACAUAAACGUGAUACCCGUGAAAGCGAAUCGCGUCGUCCGUCAUCAAGAAAACGAAGAUCAGAAUCAAGAGAAAUAAUCAGAAAUCGAUCUACAUGUGAUAGAAACGACAAUAACCGAAAAAUCAGCUCAUCUAAAUCAACACGUGGAGACCACGAUUCUAAAAAAUAUAGCUCUCAAAGAAACGAUCGCAUUAAAGAACGACCUGAAAAACGCAAUUCUAGAUCGCGUUCCAAUAGACGGUCCACGCGCAGCCGUUCUAGAUCGAAAGAAAAACCUUCACAAAGGAUCAAUUCGCAUAACCGAAAGUCCAAAUUAAGCGAAAAAGAAAGAGAAGCGAAAUUAAAAGAAAUGAUGUCAAACGCUACAUGGCGUGAGGAAGAACGCUCCGAAAAAGUUCAAAAACACCGUGAAGCUUACGAGCGCGAAGAACGGAAUCAUCAAACUCGAGACUUUGAUAAAGAAUUUCUCAGCAAGCAAUUAAAGAAAGCCAUGCAGAAUAAUCCCUCAGUGGAGUCUCGCAUAAAAUCUAAUUUAAAUAAUAUACAAAGAACACAAGCUGCUAUGGACAAAAAUUUUGCCAGAAAAUAGAUUUUGAUAGUUU